AAAUAGUAAAGUCGAGUGGCUAGACUGUCACUCACUGAACACUGCAAAAGGCCUAAAAGCGCACAAAAACAACAAGAGGCGAAGACAGAAGAAGCAGUGGAUUUACAUAAGCUCAUCACGAAGCGGUUGGAAUUUGGAUCCAAGAAUGUGAAAAUCCCUGUCAAGGCCAUUAUCACUAGUUUCAAAACGUUACUCCACCAACUCUUAGUUUUGACUGUUGGGUUGUUUCUACCUCACGGUUGUGUAAGUGCUGAUUGUUGUCGGUCAGUCAUCUUCAAAUGGUGAGUUUGGCACCGGGAGUAAAGCAUCUCCAAAGAUUUCUGCCACCGCUUAACUCGAAAACUGGUCGCGUGCAUAUAUUUUUCUUCACUUUGGUGAUAUACUCGUGCUAUCACUUAUCCCGAAAACCGAUUAGUAUUGUAAAGUCAGUACUUCAUCAGAAUUGUUCUGAAGAAGCCCACAAAGAGGGGAAAAUCAUAGUUCCUGGAAACGAAACAUUCUGUGACUGGGCCCCUUUUGAUGGUCAAAAUUAUGAUUCCCUUUUUGGAACACUUGAUCUUAUUUUCCUCUCCUUUUACGCCGUUAGUAUGUUCUUAAGUGGACAUGUUGCCGAUAAAAUUGACCUUAGAAUUUACCUAUGCAUUGGUACUCUUCUUUCUGGUGUGACGACAAUAGCCUUUGGUCUUGGAUACUUUUUCAAUGUUCACUCGUUUGCUUACUAUGCAGUCACUCAGGGUGUUGCUGGAAUAGUUCAAGCAUCCGGUUGGCCGGCAGUUGUAGCUUGUAUGGGGAAUUGGUUUGGUAAAAAUAAGAGAGGAUUUUUUAUGGGAGUUUGGACAGCGCAUUCUAGCAUUGGAAACAUUUUGGGCUCCUUAGUUGCUGGUGCCUUUGUAGAAAUAGCUUGGGGAUGGUCAUUUGUUAUUCCAGGAUUAAUAAUUGGACUUCUCAGCCUACCAAUUUAUCUGUUUCUUGUACCAUAUCCUGAAUGUGUUGAAGUUCAACUUCCUGUCCAGCAUAACGCAAGUGAUUAUGGUUCCAUUAACCAACAAAUCAGAGAUGGAAACUCGUUUGAAGAAUCGCUUGGAACAACUAGUUCACAAUGUAAUCUUUUAAUACCAACAAAAAAGAACUCUUCAUCAUUUCUGUCUGCACUAAAAGUACCAGGUGUUAUUGAAUAUUCAUUGACUUUAUUCUUCUCUAAGCUAGUUUCUUAUACUUUCCUAUUUUGGUUACCUAUGUAUAUACGUGAAGCAGGCGGUUUCGACCCAUCAUCAUCAGCUGAUUUAUCAGCUGUUUUUGAUUUAGGUGGAAUACUCGGUGGAAUUAUCGCUGGUUAUGUAUCCGAUUGUACUGGAUCAAGUGCUAUUACAUGUGUUGUAAUGAUUGCUUUGUCGAUACCUACGUUGUAUCUAUACUCAAUCGUUGGAUUUCGUUCUUUAGCUCAUUGUAUCGGUUUAUUAAUCCCAUUGGGAUUGUUUGUUAAUGGUCCUUACGCUUUGAUUACAACAGCAGUUUCAGCUGAUCUAGGUACUCAUCCUUCAUUGUCUAAAAAUUCUCGUGCAUUGGCUACAGUAACAGGUAUUAUUGAUGGAACAGGUUCAGUUGGUGCAGCACUCGGACCUUUACUGUGUGGUCUCAUGAAACCAUAUGGUUGGUCUGUCAUUAUUAUUAUGCUUAUGGUCGCGUUAGCUCUGGCUGCAGUCUUGCUUUUCCGUAUGGUAGCCAAUGAAAGUCGUCAAUGUUGUUUCAGUGUUGAACAAUCAUUAUUACCAUCAUCUUCAUCACUGUCGAAUGCGGCUGAUGCUUAAAAUCAGAAAUGGUUUUUCAGUAUUUUCCAAACCUAAGCAAGAUUUCAAAGAGAUUAAGUCGAAAUGCUUCAAUAGAUUCUGCAAAAAAGGAGAGAAAACAAUGUAAUAUCAUCAUUGCUUAUUUGUCAAAGUUGAUUUUCCCAUUCUGUUGGUUUGUCGAUUUAUUUUCUCUUUUUUUUGAACUGACAAUGUUCUUAUCCAUUUUGACAUUGAUAAAAAAUAUUUAAGUUUUCUGUAUCCAAGAGGUGACAAUUAUGAUUAAGAUAGGGGGUAAUUUUUAAUCCAAAACUACUUAUCCACGUAAAAACUUUUUAAAAAAAUGAAAGUAUAAAUGAUUUAAUAAUUAAUUUUAAUAAUAGUUUUCGAUACAUAUUUAGCUGAAAUUAUUGAUUUUUCUAUUUACAAUAUAAUAUACAUAGAAAUAUAUAUAUAUAUAUUUCCGUAUUAUGUGUCAUUUUAUGAGUUCUAUUGUUUUAUCCGUUUACACGACUUGGCUACCCUUUUCAUUUUGCUUAAUGUAAAAUUAUAACAAUUUUAAUUUGUAUUAUUCUUGUCUUUCGUUCUAUUUUAUAUUCAAAAACUUUUCAAUUAUUACAAAUUAAUAAUAAUAAUAAUAAUCUCUUUAUCAUAUUGUAAAAAUUGAGCAUGGAAUUAUGUUUCUUAUUAAUUGGUUAUUAGUUAUUUUCAAAAUAUAAUCAAGCAAUAAACUUUAAAUGUAUCAAUCAACGUUCACUGAUCUAUAUAUGUAUUAUGAAUUCUUUUAAAAGAU